GAAGAUUUGCCCUCUGGCCUCACCCAUUUUCCCCAGGCGCCAAUUUUUUUCUUGUAAACAUGAAUGCUUUUGGCGCAAUUCCCCAAAUUAACACAGCCUAUAUCUCGUUUACAUUAGCUUAGCUCUGGCUUCGACGUCUUCUCAUGGCGGAAUUUGAAGCUCCGUCUUUUUCUCUAGGGCUCGAUUUUGAGCUUGAUUCGCAGCCUAUCCCUACUCCGUCACCCCUGCCGUCUCCCCAACCGUCGCCCAAACAUGCUAAAAGAUUUCUACACACUCAGAACCUCCGGACAAUUGAGGAUGAUGAUGACGAUGAUUUUGAGUCCCCUGUUCCGAGCAUUGAACCGAAGUGCACGGACCCACCAUUGACUCUAAAGCGCCUGCGGCGAGGACCCACCUCCAACAGACCGACCUCAGUGGCCGAAAACCUGGACAUCAAGGAGGGGACGUGGUGUGAUGUAGAGGACGAGAUUGAAGAUUUCUCUUCCGAGGAAGACCGGCCAGCCGGUAAAAGUCCUUCAAAAUUCCUAAGAUCUGUAAGCAGCAACUCAAAAAUCCCAUUACACCAUCGUCGGAAUUUUUCCAUGCAAACAACCACUCAUGGUGCUUUGAAAGGGAAAAGGCCGGAUAAAGACCCUCCUGCAUGUCAACCUAUGGAAAUAAGUGACGAUAAAUUUGCCUUCUCCAAGUCAAAUAUUAGUCCUAUAAGAAGUUUUCAGUUGAUUGAUUUAGAUUCAGACGAUCCAUCCCCAAGUGAACAUCUGAAGAAAGACGUAAAAGCAGAGCCACCUGUUGAAAAAAGUACAGUUUCAAGUAAACAGAUGAAAUUUAAAGCAUCUCAUGUGGUUUCCGAGUCUGAAGAACUAUGGAAAGGGUUUUUGACAGACAAAACCUCCAAUAUCUCUACACCUGCCUUGGAUGAGGUUUGCGAAGAAUAUUUUAGGUCUCUGAAGCACAGGAAUGCCAAUCAGAAUACAAAUGAAGAUCUUCUCCCAAACAGCGGUCUUCCUGAGAACAGCAUGCAACAAAGGCCUGAUGGUCCUUCUGUGCCUGCUCAUAGCUAUUAUUUCCACGAGGAUUUAAGGAUCCAAAAGUUAGUUCAUGAGAGGUUGCCUCACUUCUUCCCUUUGGAUGCCAAGAACAACCAAGGGAUCAAACAGAGUGAUGGAUCAAUCGAUUACAUAGGGCAAUUUUCCCCCAUAGGAGGCUCCCAGAGUCGAGCCGACAAGGUUGCAGCUGACAAAAGCUCAACAAAACGAAGAAAGAAAAAUAAUUCGAAGAAGACAUCUGAAGUGCCUACAGGGUGGGUGGACCCUAAAGUUUCUGAUGGGGCUCCAAAGGAUGCUGGCAAGAGAAGGGUGCAUGCUGUUGGUAAAUCAGCUGGGCAUUGGCUCACAUCUUCAGAUGGGAAAAGAGUCUAUGUAACAAGAAAUGGGCAAGAGAUGAGUGGUCGGAGUGCUUACAUACAUUAUAGAAAGGAGACUGGAUCAGGAUUCAAGAAGUCAAAAAAGAACUCCACCAGCAAUAAGAAAUCAUCUGCCAAGAACAAGAAGAGAUGACCCCUUUCUCAGACUAGCCUUGUGCGCUCAUAUUCUCAGAUAUACAUUUUUCAUGUUUAUACAUCAGUGUUGUAUAUACAUUUAGUUUUCCCUCUAACGAUAAGAACAAGAUAUCUAUAAUUCAUAUAAUGAUAUAAUUCAUAUUUUUCAUCAAUCCUUGACUUAUAUA